AUGCCUGUGUUUAAAAACCUAGUCGAGCUCUUCUCUAAUCUGUCACCACGACGCCAACGCGAGACAGAAAAUCAACGAUCUGCUCAACGGACUCGACCACCGCCCUCAACCCCUCCUCGUUCUCGACCAGCUGGAUCUGGUCGCAAUCCUUUUACCCCGGUACCUGAGGAAACUGACCUGACCGAAACCACUUCUCCCCAAAACGCUGGGAUCACUCCUCUUCCAAAGGUUGCUCACAGUUAUGUCGAUACUUUUUCGUCCCCAACUGGAUCUUCAACCGCAGACGAACCAUUGCGCACAAGUUACUCCCACCCUUUUCUGAGUCCCAAUACCCGGUUAGACAUGUCCCAUCGGAACCCGCAUCCUUUCCCUGCCGGCAGGCCAAUGCUGAUGCCCUCACCCAUUCCCAGGCCGGGUGAUUCGUCGCAGAUGUUGAACAAGGACCAACAAAAGGAUUCCCAGAAUCGCCAAGAUGAGGCUCGUUUGUUCGGAGCCAGAUAUCAUGAUUCCAAUGCUGUCAGGAUAAGGCCCGGAGCAUCCCUCCAUUCUAGGAACAAGAAGCCAGGGGUAAAUGCCAACCUUUACCUCCAUGACUAUGGCCUCUUAUCUGACAAUCGGUCACAGUCCAGCUUCGCGUUCUCCCCCCGGGACAAAAUCUCACAGAACCAGAAUGCCCGAACCAGCGGGCCGGUCCGUUCUUAUGGAGAACCAAAUCAACAAAGUUCACGAAGAAGGUCGUCCCAAUUCGAAGAUGAGUUUGAAGAGUCGGGUCGGCCUACCAAGAUGCGGCGCCAGAGCGAAACCAGCGAGACCAUCGACCUUACGGCCCCAUCCAUGGAUCGAUUGGAGCGGGGACGCACGCCUUCCGUCUACUACCCAAACGCAACUCAUCGCAAUCGACGGGAAAGCUUCAGGGAUGCAGAAGAUGGCGUCCAAGUAGCGCAAAGCUCUAUUCGUCCUCGGCAUGGCCAAUUCUCUUCUACUGACUAUCGGGAUGAAAGGUUUACCGAAACAGCAGCUCAGCAACGGCGAAACCAGGCGAGAACUACGGAUCCCCAGUUGUCUCAUGUCAAUGGCAGAUCAAACCACACUACUGACGCCGUUGUUAUUGGGAGCAUUGACGUUGGACCAAAGAGAGCUGGUCGGAAUCGCACCGCAGCUCCUUCCACGAACUACCAUCGUCCUAUCAGCGGCAGGGAAAGCCCAGAUGAGCUCCAGGGCGACAUCACCACACACCCAGUUCCAAAAUCCUUAUCAGAAAAACAUUCUCAGACCACUCGCCCACCCAAACCUGGAAUGCACACAGAGACAUCGACCAGAAAACGCUCCCCGUCCGAUACCAGAAGUCCAGGCCUUUCGCCACCACCACCAAUCACGAAAAAGACCAAGGUCUCUCAAAAGAUCUCUGAAAAGAAACAGCUAUUGUGCUAUUUCCGAAUCGGCAUCUUCGGCAAAUCUUGCCAAUUGAGGGAAUUCGUCCCAAUUUACGUAAACAAGGAAGGUCUUGUACUUCGUGAGGAUGCCCUUGGGCAAGGUAACACGAUCUCGAUACUUUUUCGAAACAUCCAUCAGAUUGUCGUCGGCGAGAAACCCAGCCGGAAAGUGAGAAUCAAAACGUUGCAAGAUUCCGUCCAAGCAGGCGACCUGCUCGACAUUGAAUUCUGGACCACUGAGGCCAAGAUGAACUUCCUGGGAUUGUUGGAUCUACGCGAGCUGCGUAUUUCCAAAGACAUGAAAUGGAUGGACAAGGCAUUUUUGAAAUAUGCAAAGCAAUUCCCACUGGAGAACAAGCUGCCGGCGAAGCGGGUUCUCGAUGACUCGGUGGAAGAUCCAGAUCCUGCGCACUCUCCUCCCCCGCGACGGCCCAAACUUUCAAAAUCCUUGAGAGAUGACCAUGGUGAAGUCAACAAUGUUGAUUCACUUGAGAUCAAAUCUACUGCCCAAGAAAACGGACGACAUGGAAACGGCAACGUCGAUUCUCGAACUCCUACCAAAGAGCAACAGAAUCUCCGACCUCAUGAUACCGACACUGGAGUUGGUGUUCGACCUACCGUCAACCCAGAACGCGAGACCCGGUCUUCUACCCGCCGUGUCGCUAGCAAGCCCGACGUGUCGAGUGGAGGCAUUACAUAUGAAGCAAACCCGAACCCACUUCUCGGGGAUGAUUCUUUCAGGCAGACUUGGAAGAAACCGUUGGUGUUUCCGCGAAAUGGAAAGAAGAAGGCUGAGGUCACCCUUUGCGAUCGUGAACGAUUACUUAGGGAUGACUUCUUGAACGAUAACCUGAUCGCUCUGUACAUGCGUUUCCUUCAGGAUCAUCUCGAACGCACCAACAAAGAGGCUGCCAAGCGAAUCUACUUCUUCAACACCUACUUCUUUGCGACUCUCACGAACACCCCACGGGGUGUCCGUGGUAUCAAUUACGGUGGGGUGGAGAAGUGGACUAGGAACGUCGAUCUCUUCAGUUACGAUUAUAUCGUCGUUCCUAUCAAUGAGAGUGUCCAUUGGUACCUUGCAAUCAUUUGCAACUUGCCAAGUUUGUCUCUUGGUGCUGCCGACGCCGUAGAGCAGGUUCACACACCGGCUCUACAGAAAGAAUCAUCCAACGCGUCUGAGAGUGAGGUCCAGGCAAUUGAAGAGACCCCUGAGCCGGAACCGAAGUCAAAGUCAGAGACCAAUGCUUCUAACAAGGCCGGUAAACCUCGUGAGAUUCGAAAGGAAUCUGAGGCCGGGGGGCACAUUGCUUACCUGCAGCUUGAUGGCGCGGGUGAGAACUCACUUCCACUCCCAAAUCUCUCCAAAUUCGCAGCCCAAAAACUCGCCCAAGACCAGGCCGCUGCCUCGCAACCGACACGCAAGUCCAAGAAGAAAAGAACUGGUUUGAAGUUGGAUCCCAACCAAACAACCAUCAUCACAUUGGACCCACUCGAUAUACCUCGCUCCCCGACCAUCAAAUCACUACGCGAGUAUGUCUGCUGCGAAGCGGAGUCUAAGCGUGGCGUGGAGCUCAACCCGAACGACGUCAAGGGCAUGCGAGCUCGUGAUAUUCCCUUUCAGCCCAAUUCCUGGGACUGCGGUCUUUAUCUGCUGGCGUACUUGGAGAAGUUUGUUCAAAGUCCUGAUUGGUUCGUCACGAAGGUGCUACAGCGGACUAUGGAUUGUAACGAUGACUGGCCCCCACUAGGCUCUGGUCUCCUGCGAUACCGUUUUGGCAAGUUCCUCGACGAACUGUACGAGGAACAGCGGCAAGCUGAUGAGCCUGUCAUGGCAACCAAACGACCCGUUUCAUUCCUUCUUGGUCCGCGCCUUCCCUGUCAGGAGGAAAUUGCAGAUUUUGAUGUGGUACCUGAGUCCCAGCAUGAUACAGAUCCUUCAAAAGACGCUACGAAGACUUCAAAUUCGAAGACUGAAUACUCGAGUGAAGAUUCAACCGCGGACCAGAUGCAUCUAUUACCUACUGAACACCCCCCGAAACCACACCCCUCCAAACCACACAAAGCAUCCUCCAACCCACCUGCAGACGCAAGGUCACACCACGACCAUGUUCGUCCACCAAAGCAGGAACCUGUCAUCCAAGUACCCUGUAGUCAGGAAGAGCCCGAAGUGCCACACACACCGCCCCUGCAAGAAAAGAACGAAGGAAACAAAGCCCACGAGGCCCUUGGCGAAAGAGAU